AUGGAGAAAUUGGCCCUAGCAGUGGUCACUUCGGCAAGAAAGCUGCGGCCUUACUUCCAGUCCCAUACAAUCAUAAUCCUGACGACGCAGCCACUUCGGACGGUAUUACAUAGACCGAGCCAAUCCGGGCGGCUAGCUAAAUGGUCUGUCGAGUUGAGCGAAUACGACAUCGAGUUUCGGACUCGAACCUGUGCUAAGGCGCAGGUGCUGGCUGAUUUCUUGAUCGAACUCCCACUAGCCUCUUCGGUUAGCGACAAUGUCGAAGCCCCAUGGACGUUGUAUGUUGAUGGUGCUUCUUCCAAAUCGGGAGCAGGAAUUGGGGUCCGCCUCACUUCUCCUACAGGCGAAGUGAUCGAGCAGUCAUUUCGCUUGGCUUUCAGUGCGUCCAACAAUGAAGCCGAGUAUGAAUCCUUCCUUGCUGGCUUACGCCUCGCAGUGGGGAUUGGUGUCCGAAAACUUCGAGCUUUUUGCGAUUCGCAGCUGGUCACCAACCACUCACCAGUUGACAAUCAAGCUGAUAUCCCACAUGCUACUUCGAGCGGCACGAAUUCUAACAGCUGGGGGGCAGAUGACUGGCGGAGCCCGAUCUGGGCUUACUUGGAAAAAGGGGAACUCCCAGCCGACAAAUGGGCAGCCAGGAAACUCAAGGUCGUCAGUGCGCGAGAGCACGCGAUGCUAAUGCGAGCUGUUCACGAUGGUCCCAAUGGGAAUCACUCCGGAGGUUGGACUCUGGCUUUCAAAAUCAAAAGGCAAGGUUACUUCUGGCCUACCAUGGUCACAGACUGCGAAAAAUAUUCUCGAGCUUGUGAGAAGUGUCAGAAGCACGCCCCGUCAAUUCAUCAACCUACCGAGCUCCUGUCUUCGGUGUCUGCACCUUACCCAUUCAUGAGGUGGUCUAUGGAUAUCAUCGGUCCAUUACAUCGAGGACCAGGAGGAGUUCAGUACGUGCUCGCUCUUACUGACUAUUUCUCCAAGUGGGUAGAAGCGGCAGCCUAUGCGAAAGUAACAAGUGACGAAGUGGAACAGUUCGUGCUUAAGAGCAUAAUCUAUCGCUACGGCGUCCCGUGUGAAAUCAUCACGGACAAUGGUCCACAGUUCAUCUCCUCGAAGUUCGAAGAGUUCUGCGCGAAGUGGAAAAUUCGACUCAAUAAAUCAACUCCUCGUUACCCGCAAGGUAAUGGGCAAGCCGAGGCGAUGAAUAAGGUCAUACUUGCCAACUUGAAGAAACGGCUCGAUGCUCGUAAGGGGCGCUGGCCAGACGAACUGCAGGGCGUCCUCUGGGCGAUCCGAACAACACCUCGUCGGGCCACUAAUGAGACACCUUUCUCCCUGGUGUACGGAGUUGAUGCCGUAGUCCCAGCCGAUAUAGAAGUGCUCGGAGUCCGUACCUCGUUAAACCCACUCCGUGCUGAAGAGAAUGAGGAAUUCCUACAGGAUACUCUCGAUACAAUCAACGAGCGUUGGGACCAGGCCUUGUUCGACGAGUUCAAAAUCACUAAGAUCCCACGAAGUGAGAACUCCGCUGCGGACGCUUUAGCNUACGAGAACACCGAAGAACUCAAUGCGGGAAAUCUGGGAAUUAAUUGGGAAGGACCAUACAGAAUUACUCGCGAAGUCCAAAAUGGAGUUUAUCAGCUCGAGGAUUCAGAGGGAAAANGCUCAAACGUCGUCACCCGGGCGAUGAAAAAACAGUUGGACGCUGAGGAGGCAGCUCGUAAGGCGGCUGCAGACUCUUUACCCUCGGAGGAUCCGGCCCCUAUUAUGCCUACUCCGAUGGAAGUUCACCCACCUCUAACCGAGCUAGACGCGAGUUCAACUCCGGAGUCAUCGAGCUCACCAGUUGACAAUCAAGCUGUUAUCCCACAUGCUACUUCGAGCGGCACGAAUUCUAACAGCUGGGGGGCAGAUGACUGGCGGAGCCCGAUCUGGGCUUACUUGGAAAAAGGGGAACUCCCAGCCGACAAAUGGGCAGCCAGGAAACUCAAGGUCGUCAGUGCGCGGUACUGCGUUCACAACGGAAUACUUCUACGCUGA